AACUCAAAGAUGUCGUCGGAGUUUUACUCAGAAACUCAGUCCAUCAUGGAGACGGUCACGAAGACGGCAGCGGAAGUGACCGGAUACGUAAAGAGAGACGCUUCCGGGCAUGAGUCAGACAGGAUCCUGGAGAAGUUGGCACGAGAAGCAACAAGAAAGAUCAGCGCCAUUUUCUCCCAGCUGACCUCAGUGCUUCACAACGAGAACCAGACCCUGCACGCCACCGUGGGACGGCUGGACAGCGAGCUGACGGCCAUGACAGAACACUUUGAGAAAGCCAGGAAGUGGAGAGAGAACGUCCUGAACGGCUGCCCGGUGCUGUUUGAGCAGAGUGGGCUGAUUUUCACCUUGAAGCCGUUUGGGAAGUUAAAAAGAAAAGGGGAUGAGGUGAUGGAGCGAGUCACAGAAUCUCCGCCUGCUGCUGAGGCGCUGAGGGAAAACAAUGCUGACGCUGCAGAGGAGAGUUCCUCAGUGAACAAAGAUACUGAUGGCCAACACACACAGGAAGCAGAGGUCAAGAAGAAAGGGAGGAUGUUCGUCUGCGACGUCUGUAACAAGAGCUUCAGCCGGCAGUUUCAUCUGAUGAAGCACAUGAACACUCACAAAGAUCAAAGGCCUUUCGCCUGCAACCAGUGUCCCAGGAAGUUCAGGAACACGGCAACGUUUGAGUUCCACCUGCUGCGCCACGAGGAGAAGAAGCACGCUGCCUUCCGGUGCCACAUCUGUGAGAGGACGUUCAAAACCAAAAUGCACCUGAAGACCCACCAGCUUGUGCACACAGACAAGAGGCCGUUCAUCUGCUCCACCUGUGGGAAGGGCUUCAAAACCAAACACAACCUGCAGGCGCAUCUGCUCGUCCACACCACGGAGAAGCCGCACAAGUGUUCAGACUGUGGGCAGGGUUUCAGAUACGCCUUCACCCUGCAGUGUCAUAAAAGCAUUCAUACCGGAGAGAAUCCUUACAAAUGCACAGAGUGUGGGAAGGCUUUUACAAAGAGGAGGUCGCUGAGGACGCACCAGUCCGUCCACAGAGGGAAACGCUUCACAUGUGAGACGUGUGGAGCGGGUUUCACUCUCCAGCACAACCUGAAGAGACACAUCCGAAUUCACACUGGAGAAAAACCGUUCACAUGUAAAGUCUGCAGCAAAAGUUUCAUUCAGGACAACAAACUGAAAGCACACAUGCUUCUGCAUGGCGCCUCGAAGUCGUUCAUGUGUGACCUGUGUGGGAAGACGUUUCUGUACAACUGUCAGCUGCAGAAACACCAGAAAGUGACUCAUGAUGAAAGACACGGGCUGGUCGUUCGGAGACGGAGGCGGGAACGAGGAAAUCGCACAGUGAUCUAUCGACGGGACAGGACCACAGUGGACGUGACGCCGUUCAGCUGCAGGACCUGCAGGAAGAGCUUCGACUCUGCGACCUCGCUGAAGACCCAUGAGGUGAUCCACGCAGGUCGCACACAGUACAACUGCCACACAUGCGGAAAGUCCUUUUUCUACAAAGCUACUUAUGACUACCACCAGAGGAUUCACUCGGGAGAUCGGCCGUUCGGUUGUGACAUAUGUGGGAAGAGGUUCAUCAUCCGUCAGGCUCUCAAGUCACACCAACUUCAACACUCGGGAGAGAAGCCACAUAAGUGUGACCAGUGCGGCAAGGCCUUCCGGAUCUACACCAACUUCCUCCGACACCUACGGAUCCACACGGGGGAGAAGCCGUACGAGUGUGAGGUGUGUGGAGUGAGGUUCAGGCAGCUGGGACACGUCAAGUUUCACAUGCAGGUCCACACCGGAGAGAGGCCGUAUUUUUGCAGCAACUGUGGACUCGGAUUUUCCGAUUCAAGGCUCCUGAAGAGACAUAACUGUUCUGAGAAGUAUCCGAAAAUGUCAGAGAACACACUCACAACGUCCCAGGCCCGGUGGAGCCGCUGCAGCCGAGCCGCCAUGUCGGACCCGGAGCCGCGGCUGGACGCCAUGUUGGAGAUAAUGGUCAAAGCGACGGUGACAGAAAUGAGCAAAGUUACGGAUGAGAGCAGUGACGUCUGCUCGGAGGAGAAGGUGAUCCAGUUCGGUGUCUUCAUGACGUCUCUGGCUCGAGAGGCUGUCGAGAAGAUCUGUCAACUUUUCCACGAAUGUUCGUCCCUGCUGCGUUUGGAGGUGUCACAGGGCGUGGCAGAGAUCGAGGAGCUGAGGCGUCGGCUGGAGGUGGCGGAGACGGAGCUGAAGCUGGUGCUGGAGGGCAGCAGAGGCCAAAAGGAGGUGGAGGAGCUGACUGAAGGGGGCGACAGAGAGAAGGAGGACAGGAGGACACCGAACAACGGAGCAGAAGGAGAAACGGUGCAGACGAGCCACCGCUCGGGGAGAAAGAGCCGCCGAGCCGUGACGACUUGUGAGACCGGAGUGAAACGGUCUCCGAUUCUUCACCUGUGGAAAGGCCGAACGUACGAGGAAAGUGUCCAGCUGGUUAUAAUAAAAGAGGAAGGAUUGGAGGCGGUCACUGACCAGACGUCUCCAGAUUCUGCUCAGUGUGUCGAGGAAGCAGGACAGAACGAUGGUGACGAUCCAGACUACCAGUUGGAGCCAGAAGAUCUGGAUGAAGGUGAGCCAGGAUCCACCACGAGACCUAAACGUGUCCUCAAGCCCAAGUUCCAGCGAGGGCGAGCGAAUAAAGAGAGUCAGAGUUCCAACCAGAAGCCUCUGAGCUGCAGACACUGCAGGAAAACCUUCACCAAGCUGCUGCAGCUCAAAGCUCACCAGGCCGUCCACGGGGCCAACGCAGAGAAACCCUUCCUCUGUUCUCAGUGUGGCAGAGGCUUCUCAUUCCAGCGCAGCCUCACCGCACACACGCUGCUCCACACAGGUGAGAGACCACAUACCUGUGAUGUUUGUGGGAAGGGUUUCACCCUGAAGCAGCUGCUGAGGAACCACCAGCGACUCCACGCUGAGGUCAGGCCGUUUCGCUGUGAGCAGUGCGGGAAGAGCUUCUACCGAGCCCACGGCCUGAAGAUGCACCAUAUGGUCCACACAGGAGAGCGGGCCUACAUAUGCCAGUACUGCAACAAGAGCUUCACCAUACAAGGUAACCUGCAGCGACACCUGCGCAUACACACAGGGGAAAAGCCGUUCAGGUGCGACACUUGUGGCAAAAGCUUCAACCAGGCCGACACUCUGAAAGGCCACCAGCGGAUACACACCGGUGAGCGUCCCUUCAGCUGCGACACCUGCGGAAAGUGCUUCAUCCAGAAGAGUGCCUUGAAGAUGCACCAGAAGACCUCCCACUCAGGGAAGAACUCCCUGGCCUGCGUGGCCUGUGGCAUGACAGUGGCCUGUGUGGACUCACUACGCAAACACCUCCAGACGCAUGCAGCAACUAUUCCAUGCACAUGUGUGCUCUGUGACCAGCGUCUCAGCUCCAUCACAGACCUGCGCUCGCACCAGCAGCACCACACAGUGGACAGGCCUCACAGCUGUGGGCUCUGUGGGAAGAGCUUCAAGUCGUCCAGUUACCUGAAGAUUCACAUGAAGACGCACAGCGGAGAGAGGCCGUUCUCCUGCGACAUCUGUGGUCGUAUGUUUACACAGCACAGCAGCCUUAAAUCACAUCAGGUGGUCCACACCGGAGAAAAGCCGUUCAGCUGCGACACAUGCGGCAAAUGUUUCAGCAACACAGGAAACCUGCACCGUCACCAGCGCAUCCACACGGGGGAGAAGCCGUUCAGCUGUGACACGUGUGGACGCAGCUUCAACCAGGGCAACAGCCUGAAGGCCCACCUGCAGAUCCACACCGGGGAGAAGCAGUUCAUGUGCGACAAGUGUGGGAAGAGCUUCUCCUACCUGAGGAACCUCAAGGACCACAACCUAAAUGUUUUACGGCUUAGUCUAGAACAUCAUCACAGGCGGCCAUCUUGCCACAGGUACCCGAGGAAACUGCUGACUUUAUUGCUAGUGAAGAUGCCAUCCUUUUGUGCAGCCUACGGAUGCUCCAAUACCCGUUCUCUGGAAACGAGAGCCAGUGGGAUCACCUUUCACCAGUUUCCCAAAACCGGCGAGAGGAGGAGGAUGUGGGAGGUUGCCCUAAGAAGAGAGCAUUUUGCUGCCUCUGACCGUACAAUGCUCUGCAGUGAGCACUUCAGGAGAGAGGACUUUGACAGGACGGGGCAGACUGUCCGGCUUAGAGAUGGUGUUGUGCCAACCAUUUUCAACUUUCCAGCUCAUCUUCAAACGUCAGAAGCAACAAGAAGCACUACCACUUCUAGGAGGGCGGAUGACAACCUGCCAUUGGACUUGAUGCCUGAUGUUGGAGCCACUGGAGAGAGGAGAUUGAGGCGCAAGCGGCAGGUCGUUGACCACUUGUAUGCAUUGCCUGCUUCCCCUGAGGCUAGAAAGGCCAAACUUCAAGAAGCCUCAGCGAGAGUGGGGAAACGAUAUCUAUGGAAUCACCAGCUCGGAUCCUCAGAACGUUCCGGUCCCGUCAAGAAGUCACAGGCCGGAUCGAGCCGCUGCAGCCGAGCCGCCAUGUUGGACCCGGAGCCGCGGCUGGACGCCAUUUUGGAGAUAAUGGUCAAAGCGACUGUGUCAGAAAUGAGCAAAGUUACGGAUGAGAGCAGUGACGUCUGCUCGGAGGAGAAGGUGAUCCAGUUCGGUGUCUUCAUGACGUCUCUGGCUCGAGAGGCUGUCGAGAAGAUCUGUGAACUUUUCCACGAAUGUUCGUCCCUGCUGCGUUUUGAGGUGUCACAGGGCGUGGCCGAGAUGGAGGAGCUGAGGCGUCGGCUGGAGGUGGCGAAGACGGAGCUGAAGCUGGUGCUGGAGGGCAGCAGAGGCCAAAAGGAGGUGGAGGAGCUGACAGAAGGGGGCGACAGAGAGAAGGAGGACAGGAGGACACCGAACAACGGAGCAGAAGGAGAAACGGUUCAGACGAGCCACCGCUCGGGGAGAAAGAGCCGCCGAGCCGUGACGACUUGUGAGACCGGAGUGAAACGGUCUCCGAUUCGUCACCUGUGGAAAGGCAGAGUGUACCAGGAAAGUGUCCAGCUGGUUAUAAUAAAAGAGGAAGAAUUGGAGGCGGUCACUGGCCAGACGUCUCCAGAUUCUGCUCAGUGUGUCGAGGAAGCAGGACAGAACGAUGGUGACGAUCCAGACUACCAGUUGGAGCCAGAAGAUCUGGAUGAAGGUGAGCCAGGAUCCACCACGAGACCUAAACGUGUCCUCAAGCCCAAGUUCCAGCGAGGGCGAGCGAAUAAAGAGAGUCAGAGUUUGAACGCACACACGCUGCUCCACACAGGUGAGAGACCACAUACCUGUGAUGUUUGUGGGAAGGGUUUCACCCUGAAGCAGCUGCUGAGGAACCACCAGCGACUCCACGCUGAGGUCAGGCCGUUUCGCUGUGAGCAGUGCGGGAAGAGCUUCUACCGAGCCCAAGGCCUGAAGAUGCACCAGAGGGUUCACACAGGAGAGCGGGCCUACAUAUGCCAGUACUGCAACAAGAGCUUCACCAUACAAUGUAACCUGCAGCGACACCUGCGCAUACACACAGGGGAAAAGCCGUUCACGUGCGACACUUGUGGCAAAAGCUUCAACCAGGCCGACACUCUGAAAAGCCACCAGCGGAUACACACCGGUGAGCGUCCCUUCAGCUGCGACACCUGCGACAAAAGCUUCAACCAGGCCCACACUCUGAAAAACCACCAGCGGAUACACACUGGUGAGCGUCCCUUCAGCUGCGACACCUGUGGCAAGUGCUUCAUCCAGGCCCACACUCUGAAAUGCCACCAGCGGAUACACACCGGGGAGCGUCCCUUCAGCUGCGACACCUGCGGCAAAAGCUUCAUCCUGAAAAGUGCCUUGAAGAUGCACCAGGAGACCUCCCACUCAGGGGAGAACUCCCUGGCCUGCGUGGCCUGUGGCAUGACAGUGGCCUGUGUGGACUCACUACACAAACACCUCCAGACGCAUGCAGCAACUAUUCCAUGCACAUGUGUGCUCUGUGACCAGCCUCUGAGCUCCAUCACAGACCUGCUCUCGCACCAGCAGCACCACACAGUGGACAGUCCUCACAAAUGCGAGCUCUGUGGGAAGAGCUUCCAGUCGUCCAGUUACCUGAAGAUUCACAUGAAGACGCACAGCGGAGAGAGGCCGUUCUCCUGCGACAUCUGUGGUCGUAUGUUUACACAGCACAGCAGCCUUAAAACACAUCAGGUGGUCCACACCGGAGAAAAGCCGUUCAGCUGUGACACAUGUGGCAAAUGUUUCGGCAACGGAGGCAACCUGAGCCGUCACCAGCGCAUCCACACGGGGGAGAAGCCGUUCAGCUGUGACACGUGUGGACGCAGCUUCAACCAGGGCAACAGCCUGAAGGCCCACCUGCAGAUCCACACCGGGGAGAAGCAGUUCAUGUGCGACAAGUGUGGGAAGAGCUUCUCCUACCUGAGGAACCUCAAGAACCACAAGUGUAUAUAAAGAUGUGACUGCUCCCAAAAGUGAAGCCAAAUCAUCUUGAUCACCUCCUGGUGGCCGGCUGCAGUAUAGGUCAUAAACACUGUCUUCUCCCUUUCUGUGGAAGGACAUGGACCGAACUGAAAAGUCAAUGUACAGGUUUUUUCUCACACAUGAUCGUUUCAGGUGGUUCUUAUCACACGGAUGUGUAAGUGUAAUGUUUUCAGUAAAACAUGAUGAUUGACAGCUGAGUUGACUCAUUAGUUAACACAAGAUCUUGAUUCUGCAGCUCCACACAAUGCCUCCAGCUCCAAACUGUCACAAACACAACAAGGUGGAACCUGUACCCGACAUGUUUUAGCUCCAUGUCUGUGCAACAGGAGGAAGUGGAGACAUGUCGUCCAUCUUUAUUUACAGUCUAUGAUUGAGAUGAGUGAAGAAAUAAACGAACAAAUCCUUAUUUAACGUGGACAGUGUGUGUAGUCCACCACUUUUCGAGUUGUGAUACUGAAAAACUAAGACUUAACAGCAACAUACACAUGGAAACAUACACAUAAUAAUCAUAAAGUCAUCGAAUGAAAUGCUGAUAACCUACAAGAGUUUGUUUCAAAGGGAUAGUUCAUCCUAAAUAGAAAAUACUAACUGUCCUUUUAAAUUAAAUGAAUGGACUAACCUCUUAUUUCUGUACAGAGUAGCAGAGUUAAUGUGAAUUUUAUAUUUUUGUACCAAUGUCUGAUUUAAUUAAUAAGCUCUUAUUUUUUGAGGGAUGAGUUUGUUGUCCACAGGAUCUAAAUCUUAAAGCCCAGAGUUCAUUGUGGCGAAAGGAUUUAAAAUGUGUUUUCAUGACUCAGUAUCCUGGUUUUGCUUGAGUGGAGUUAGCAUGAACAAACAACAUUUUAUUACGUUUAACUUUUUCAAGGAUGCAGAACUUUUUAAACCACCUUAAUUCAAUCGACUAAAUAACAAAGUUUAAACAAACUUCAAGGUCUGUCUUUUUUUAAUUCUCAAUAAAAACAAAUUCAGAUGAUAAAUCCUUUUUAUUGUGAGGAGAAUGUGCUGAUUGAGAAAGUACAAAAUCAGAUUGCAAAACAUCUGUAACUUUUCCUGGGGAGUGUAUUCGUCAGCUUUGUGACUGUAACUCAAAUUGAUAAACUCUGAAAUUUAGAACUUU